AUGUCAAUUUCUCUCCGCGCGGCGGAGCGGGCCAUUUGUCGACCCUUGCUGCGCUUAGCCAAGUUGGCUGACAAGAACCCUGCGCGCUUGGCGACUCUGCUGGGCCAACCAGCUCGGCUGUACAACAACAAGAGUGGCAAGAAGCAGAAGGUGGAUGGUGGAGAAUGGGCUUUCGUGGGCAAGGCCAUUUGCGACCUCUCAGGUGGAGCAACCGAGUACGCCAUUCCAUGCAGAGAACAACGGGCGGCUAAGGUCAUCAGGGAUCACCUGGAGUAUUUGUACCACUUGGGCAUUCCCAUCAUUCCAGAGGCUGCGGAAAUGAUCCGUCGCCUUCAAUCAGCCGCCACUUUGGCCAUCCAUCUGCGUGCUGCUGAGCCAGACUGGUCCGAAUGUCUGGACUCGGUGAUUUCUUCCUCCUUCGCAGCGCCGAUGGACUCGGAUCUGGCACAGAUGACCAGCAGUCAGCUGCAGGAGGAAAGACUUGAUCUCGAGCAGCUUCCGCCCGGUGCCGAACCACGGGUGGGAGACCUGUUGAUCAGUCAUCCCCUGUGGAGCGUGCUCCAAGCUCCGUUCGACUACUCCGUGCUGUUGCUGGCGGCUGAUGGCCUUACGGGCGUCACAGGGCUAAGGCUCAACCAGCCGGAGGGACAGACGUUGGAGCAACUUCUGGUUGCCUCUGAUCAGGAGCUUCCAAAGUUUCAGGCCUGGAUGAGGAAAAAACCUGUAAGCCUGGGAGGGCCUUUGAUGAGUUACAGCGAGGUAGAAAGCCUAUACUGGAUCCACAGCAAGAACAUGGACAUAUCGUUUUGCGGAGAUUUGGAGGCGAUGCAGCCCUCCGACUCGUUACGCUUCUUCCGAGGCUGUGCCAAGUGGUCCUCCGAUCAGCUUUCCGUGGACUUGGAGCGGGGUUUCUGGAUCCACGCACGGCCACAACGUGCACAAAGUUUGCACUCAAUCUGUUUUGACAACGUCCUGGCAACCAGGGAUGUCUGGUAUGCGGCCAUGUUGGCGGCUGUUGGUCCGGUGUUGGCUGAGUUCCCUCGUGGUCCAGCGGCUGAUCCCAUUCUGAAGCAAGCGCUGGUGAAUCACUACCUUCCAUUCCCUAGCGGUCUGCCGAAGCAACGGACCGCGGGCGCUGACGUGAGCAUCGCGCCUUCUGGCACUUCUUGUGCUCUAUUGCCACAGUGCAGGGCAAUAUCACCUUUGCUUCUGUUCCUGGUCUUCCCCGCCAAGUCCUACGUGUUCUUCGCGGUGUUUGACCUCAUCCCUUGGUUUCCAAGGAAGCGCCUGCAGCCUUUGACGGGUCGGCAGCUGUACCGUGCAUACAGACUCCUUCGGGCACAUCAUUCAAGAGACCCCAGCUUGCUUCAUCAAUUGCUUCAAGCCAUGUGGAAAUCAAAGGAUCCCUGGCGCUGUCUCAAUUGCAGCAAACUGAACCGAUUCAAUGUGAAUUGCUGUGGCGAUUGUGGAGGACAUUGGGAAGACUUCAUGGACCAUUCCUUCACGCCACCAAGCCAGAAGGGCAAGACCAGUUCGAAUGCCAACCGAUCUUCCAAUCAGGCUUCGAAUCGUCAGACCUAUACAUCCUGGAGCUAUCCGGAGCCUUGGACAGGAGAGGAGGACGACUGGGAAUACCAUUCGACCAGAUCGAACUCAGCGAGGCAGAGGACACAGUCCCCGCGGCAGCGACAGGAGCCACGGCGCCAGCGCAAGCCCAACCAGACCCAGAAGCACAAGGGGACUGGCAAAGGCAAGCAGCCAGUGAAAGGAGGUCCCAAAGGCAAAGGCAAGAGCAAAGCCAUCGAACCGCCUCCAUGGACCAACAAUGCAACAGCGCCGGAAUCAGCCUCCACUCAGGCAUCAUCCAGUGCGCAAACCAGGGCGGAAGCGAAGCUCAUGGAGAUUGUCAGUGUCUUGAAAAAGAAGGACGAUCCCGAAUUGCAAACCCUGGCCAAGGAGGCGCGUGCCAACCUUCAUUCUUCCUGGAAGCAAUACCUCGAGUCUGCCAUCGAGACCUGGAAAAGCUUUGUGAUGGACUUCGACAAAGAAGAUCGCAAGCUGGAGGAGCAGAUUAUUAUGGCCGAAACGGCAUUGGCCACUGCGCAGGAAGGGCUCGACGAGGCGAAGAAGGUUGCGACCGAGGAAGAAUUGAAGGAUCAAGUGGAAACCAUCGAAGACGAGGACGAGGCCGUCGAUCGCACAGUCAAGACGGGCCAGAUCAUGAGAGAAGGCGUCUCAAGCAUGUUGGACGGUUUGGUUCAACUCAAGGCCAGCACCGAGGAUAUGGUGGAGGAACAGGGCAACAAGCGUCAGCGUACAGACGAUGGCUUGGCCAAAUCCACCGCGAUGCAGCCUUUUGGUGGGGACCAGUCUUGGCAAGACACUGUCUGGGAGCUUUUGCAAACUGAAGGAAGGCCUGACACAGAUGCAGAGGACCCGGUCAUCUUUUUGAAGUCCUACUUCAUCAAUCAUGUUGGUCAUCAGCACAGUGGACCUCCCAGACCCAUAAGAUGUUCCACUGACUAUACCAACUGGGAGCGAGAUGCACGCUUUGUAUGGGAAGACUUAGCUGUUGCCCACUUGCCCAUUGACUUGGUCUUCGUGCGUCCACAGCCACCUGCUUUGCAGGCCAGUGCCAUGAUUGCAACUGUCAUCAUUCAUCAAAAUCCUGUGCCUCCAAGAGUUCCGUGCCUCGUCACUGCAGUAUUCAUUGAUGAUCCUCGCACAUGGACUUUUGAAAUGGCCCACUCGGUGACCCCUCUAUUGACUUUCGAGGAGGUUCUCCAAUUAGGUGAUGCUGCUGAGACGUGUCGAGCACGCGAACAGGAUGGUUCAGACCCAUGCACACUACAUGUUGGUUUUCGUCUCCUUCCGAGAGAUCAGGCCAUUGUUGUAGAAGAAGGCAUGGGCAUCACCAUUCGCGUACCUUCUCGAUUGUCUGCUGAAGAAGCUGAACAAAAUCUUGUUGCACGUGUGCAACGUCUACGUGCUGUUCAAGCUCGACAUGAGUGGAAUGAUGAUGAAGCUGAGAACCCAGAAGGAGCACACCCAGCAUCUGCAGCCAGUGGUACAAGAGAGAAUCAACCGGAGGAUGCUACAUCUUUCAUGGCCAGGUCGCUGCAGAGUUUCAGAGGUACCUCGGACGGAGGGACCAGUUCUUCCAGCUCCUCAAAUGAUGUUGGUACCGCUGCCAUGUCUCUGCACCAAGAUGACGAAGAAAGCUUUUUGACUGUCAUUUUUAGCCUGGAUGGACAAGAGCGGCAAAUUGAUGCACCCUGGGACAAUGCUGAUCUUCUCUGGGAGCUCACAGCUGUCCAAUUUGAACUGUCAAUUGAUGACGUUGUUUCUCUCCAUCAUGUAGAUCAUCGUCCAGCUGACAUUGAGCAGAAUGACCUUGAAUGCCUUCUUCUUCAAAGACGACAAGAUGCACCAUCGGCCGACUUUCUCAGACUUUGUCUUCUUGACAUUGAGUACAAAGCUGAUGCUCGAGGGCCUCAGCUUCGCAUUGACCGCCGGCCAAUUUGGAUCCCACGAAGAAUCAAUAGAGCAUCGGUUAUUCGUCUUGCAGGCUUUGACGGCUUUUGCGCGCUGUCACCACAUCGCUGCGAUGUUUGGAUCAACGGCAUACCCUUGGAGGUUUGUGAGGAGGUUCAUGAUGUUCAGCAUGGAGAUUACAUCCGCAUAGCUGUGCCUUCUCAUCCUGAUGAUCCGGACUCUGGCUGCAUGGUUGACACACAUGAUCAGCCUUACAUACAUGUGGAUGAUGAUUUGAUGAGCCUUGGACAGAUCAAUGUUCAUCAUACUCGCGCUGUCUUGCAGGACAUCACCAAUGUGCAUGAGGCGUCACAACGCAAAUGUCGACUGCCAACUGGUAGUGAAUGCGAAGGUGACACCUUUGUUACACCAUUGUUUCCUCCUGAGGAGCCAGGCCGGCCAGAACUCCAAUUUGGAGAGCAUCUUGAAUGCUUGGAUGCACUACACAGAACGUGGACGAUGCAUGCUGCAGUUGAACGAGCAGAUGAGGGCAGGAUCCUCUACAUCUCCACAUGGUUCUCCGAUUGCGAACGCUGGCCUGAAUGUGAGACAUCUCGGCCUGUGAGGCUCUUGCCAGAUUUUGGACAAUGGGCUGAUGCCAUUGCUGAAGCGUGGGACGAUCGUUUAGAUCCUGAUAGCCCUGUCCAUUUAUAUCUCAUCACCCCUCAGCCGAGAUCGUCGCUUUGGAUGCCUGAAGUGCUGCCGCAUGUCUUAGUCUUGCAAAAUCCUGUUGCUCAUCUCAAGAGCAUACACAUUGCGACUCUCAACUCAGGAAGAGGAGACCACAACAUGCAUGGUGGCAUUCGUACUGUCUCGACACAGUUCUGGAGGUCACACAUCCUUGAGGCCGCUGGCAUCUUGCGCUCUUGCAGACCGGGGCACGUCGACUGCAUGGUAUGGUGGGGAGAACUUGAACUUCGUGAUGGACAACAAUAUCAAGCUCGUCAUGGUUUCUCAUUUCUGAUUAUCAGAAACAAUCUUGCCGACAUCAGCGCAUCGAGCAAUGCUCCCCAGGUUGCCAUGACUGCGGAGACGGAGGGUACGGCACUGUUGCAGACUUGUCUGCACAAGGUAAAGACAAAGAUUGUGCUUGAUGAACUCAUCCCGGAAGAGAUCACAGAAACGACACCCAUGCCUGUCAGACUCAUUGCUGGUGCACCCAUGGCACCUUUGCCCACUUACGUGGAAUGCUCUGAGCCCUGCAGCUCGAUUGAGAUAUGCAAUGAACUCCGACACUGGGGCCAUGAUUGUGAUGUGUACAAGUUUGAUGCUCAUGAUGUUGCUCUUUGCCUUCCCAAAGAUUGGCAAAAACCUGCAGAUAUCUUCCAUUACAUGUUCUGCAACGUGGAGACGUCAGACACGAAUGGAGCUUUCAUGCACAGUAGUGACAAACAACUCACCACGGUUGACAUCAUGAGCUUCCUGUAUUUGUGUGGCUAUUGGCGCGCAACUGUCCUUGACCUCAAGCUUCUGGAAUGUGGAAUCUUCCAGGUGAUUUUUGAAGAUGUUGUUGUACAAGUAUCCAGCGUCAUUCCGCCCACCAAACAGGCGCCAGAUUGGCCUACACCAAUUUCGCCCAAGGACAACGUCGGCCCUUUCUUUCUGGUUCCGACUGCAGUUGCUGACACAGAUUGCGUCAUUGACUAUGGCCUCAACUUACAAGAAAUCAUUGAGUUCUUCUCAUCUGCCAAUGACAUGCUAUGUCGCAACCCCGAAGGAUACCAGUUUCCUGACACUACGCUUGCAGCCUUGCGUAUCAGUGCGUCCACCAAUUUGGCAGAUUUUGACCGCAUUAUCAUCUACACUGAUGGGUCAUCUCAUGCCAAAGCCAAGCACAAGCCGGCGCUCUGGAAUGCAGAACAUGGCCAUGGUGACACCUGGGCGUUUGUUGUUAUUGGUGAAAAGUUUGGCCCCAAUGACUUUCACACAGUUGAAGUUCUUGGAUGGACAGCCCAAGAGGUCCACUACGACUGCCAGAGCGCCCAUUUCCUCGGUGCAGAAUACCUUGGAUCACAUAUUGCCGAGCGUGAAGCUCUCACUUGGGCGGGCCUAUGGCGCUUAGCACAAAAUAUCCAGACGCCUACCAUUUUCAGUCAUUGUGGAGAGCCGUUCAACGACCUUGUGGACUGGCUGGCCAGCUCUGAACGGCAGAAAAGCUUUCAUUUUCCUCGGCAAGCUCUGUCUAUGCAGCGCUGGCGGCCAUUUCUUCCCCACUUUUGGACCUUGUUGAGCCACUCAGAUGGGAUGCCCUCUGUUUGUGCGACUGGACUACAUGCCCCUGCACCUGAUCUUCCAUUGCUUGAGGAGUCUACAGGUAUUUCCAACAGUCCUGCUGGUGCAACAAGUAGUCAUCAGGUCCUUGACCUUUGUGUGAGCAUGGGCUCCGCCAAUGUGGCCUCCAUGUACAACGGAGAGUGGGGACAUGCAGGCAAGACGCUUUAUUUACGACAACAAUUUCAAGCCAUGCGCCUCUUGUUCCUGGGCCUUCAGGAGACUCGUACCCCCGAAACCUUCAGCACGGCUGACGGUGUUGUACGGUUUGGCUCUGGUCACGAGGAAGGAGGACUUUAUGGCGUUGAGCUCUGGGUCAACCUUCAAGUUCCCUUUGGUCAUCUUGGUGGCAGACCACUUUUUCUGCAAGUCGCGGACAUGCAGGUUCUCUAUCGAGAUCCCCGCUUACUCAUGGUUCGAGUUGUCAACAACCACAUCCAAUGGGCCAUCAUUGUUGGAUAUGCUCCACAGUCCGGCCUUGACGAGGCCCAGCGAGCUGACUGGUGGGUUCAUCUUUCUCAGAUUGUCUCGCAGAAGAAACCGGAUGACCGCCUCUUCAUGAUGAUUGAUGCCAAUGCUGAUCCUGGAUCCCGCGAUGACAUCGUGGUCCACCAAGACGGAUUCAAAACCACUGCCAAUACACAUCUUUUCAGGAAUUUCCUUUCUGUGCAUGGGCUGACAUUGCCGGCUACUUGCUCCAUCCAUGAUGGCACCACUACCACAUGGAGAAGUCCCAACGGCAUGCACGAGCACUGCAUUGAUCACCUCGUGAUUGACCAUGAAUUGCUUGCAUCCUGCACCUUUUCUGGAGUCCUGGAAGACUUUGAUUUGGGAACCGGCAUGUACGAUCAUGUGGCUGUUGGCCUUCAGCUUGAAUGGAAACAAGUCCUGCUGGCACCAAGGGGACCGAGAUCCCGUCCAAAGAUUCAUGCGGCUGGUUGCGAUCAUGACAAAGUUCAACAUGGGCAUGUUCGUGCGGUGCUGGAAUCUUAUCACACGGUGGCUUGGAACUGUGAUGUUGAACAACACGUUGCUGACUUCAACCAACACCUCUUGACGGGCUUGGCAUCUUUGUGUCCCAAAUCCAAGGCCAAACCCAAAAAGAAAUUCAUCACUGAUGAUGUAUGGCACUUGCGUAUUUGCAAAUUGGAACGACGCAAAGCUCUGAAGGAACUCACACUUCGGCACAAAUUUGAAUUGCUUUCAGCAUGCUUCUCAGCCUUGAGCAAAGACAAGAAGCCAGAUCCUGCUGCCUUCUGGAAGUAUGACACAUGGUUAAUGUGCUGCAGGGUGCGCCUGAUAUGUGGAUUACAUCGAGCUUCGAAGCAAUUACGUGACAGGCUGAAACUUGCCAAGCAUGAUCAACUGCGCAAAGUCUUUCAGCACUUGUCACCGUCAGCCUCUGCGUCUACCAUUUUGCAUGAGCUACGGCAGAUCAUUGGAUCUACCAAUUUGCGCAAGUGCACUCGUAAGGCACUGCCAUUCAUCAAAGAUGAGCAUGGCCAAGUCUGCGGCAGUCCGACAGAGGCUUUAGACACUUGGAUCCGCUUUUUUCAGACCAUGGAAGGUGGAAAGCGAAUUCCUGCUCAACAGCAACGUGAAGAGUGGAUUGCCAACUUGCAGCACUUCCAGGCUUCUUCCUUGGACUUGUCCCUCAUGGACCUUCCAAGCCUUAGCGAUCUGGAAUCAGCUUACAGACGAGUUGCCCCAGGAAAGGCUACGGGUCCGGAUGGAGUGCCAGCGACAGUAUGCCAUCGUGGUCCUGCCAUGCUUGCGAGAAAGACGUAUGCUCUGUUGCUCAAAACCAUCACUCAUGGUCAGGAAAGUCUCCUCCAUAAGGGUGGUCGCCUGCACCCCCUUUGGAAGGGGAAAGGUGCCAAGGAUCGCUGCGUCUCUUACCGCAGCAUUCUUGUAUCUUCACACAUUGGAAAAUCACUACAUCGAUGCCUCAGAGUGCACUCUUCAGAGCUCUUCGAGAAGUACUUGCAACGUCAACAGCUGGGCGGCAAGCGCAGGAUUGCUGUGGGGCUUGGUGUGCACCAGGCCAGAGCCUACCUUCGAUCACGUCGAGCCAGAGGACUGAAUGUUGGCAUGAUCUUUCUUGAUUUGUGUGAAGCGUUUUACAGAAUUGUGCGAGAGCUUGCCAUUGGCGGUCCUGCCAACGACAUUGUCAUUGCCCAAAUGGGUGCGAGAUUGGGUAUGAGCACAGAUCUGUUGCACGAGCUCUACAAGCACCUUGAUGAUGAUCAUGCUCUUGCCCGUGCGGGAAUGAAUCCCCAAUGGCAACAGGCAGUCAGAUCCUUGCACACGGACACCCAUUUUUCGUUAUAUGGACAGGAUGAUGCAUGCAAAACGCAGUUGGGCACGCGCCCUGGUGACAGUUGGGCGGAUCUGAUCUUUAGCUUCCUCUGGGCACGGUUGCUCCACGAUUUUGAAGCUGAAGUGACACGUCUGGGGCUUAUCGACACGGUCCCUGAAGCCCAUGGAUUUCAGUGUUCUGCUUUGCCUUGCACAUUCGAGCCACAGACAGAACCAGUGCGGUCACCCUUUUUAGGUCCCACUUGGAUGGACGACAGUGCCUUCUGCUUUGCUGACAGUGAUGCAAGUCAGCUUGAGAGAAAAGCGGGACAGAUCUGCAGUCUGUUAUUGCAGAAGUGUGCCGAAUUUGCUAUGACACCCAAUUUGGCACCGGGGAAGACAGCUAUUCUUCUCACGUUUCAGGGCAAAGGCUCCGUUGAAGCACGCAAGCGCAAUUUUGGGCCCACUGCCCCCAAGACGCUUCCUGUGCUCACAUCUGAGGGAGCUGUUAACAUCCACCUGGUGCCUUGUUACACCCAUUUGGGCUGCCUUCUUCAUCACAAAGGCGACAUGAGACAAGAGGUACGCAAAAGAUUCAGCAUUGCCCAGACGGCUUUUCAACAGCACAGAAGGAUUUUGUAUCAAAACAAACAUUUGUCCUUGAAACGACGUGCUGAACUUUGCAGAACUCUUAUUCUCAGCAAAUUCGUGUACGGCUGCGAGUCAUGGACUCUGAGAGAUGCCAAGACCAGACAUGCCUUACACACUUCAUUGAUCAAGUUGUACAAACGAUUGUUGCCUGGACAAUCCGCCCAGCAGAGCCGUGACGCCGAAGUAUUGAACGUGACUGGCUUGCCUGAUCCGUCAGACUUGCUUCGGAUCCAACGGCUUCGACAUCUUGGUGCGCUCUAUGCUGCUGGGGAAACCACCUCGUGGGGGCUCCUCAAUGAGGACACUGAAUGGACAACACUUGUCUGCAGUGACCUGGAGUGGAUGUGGACGCAACUAUGUGCGUCCUCAGAAUUGCCUGAUCCCAAGCAUCACUUCCCAGCAUGGACGUACCUCAUGAAGUACCAUCGUAAGUAUUGGAAGAAGCUCAUUGUUCGCGCUGGUGCCCAUGCAGCUGCUCAACGUGAUCUGCUGUACGAGGUCCGUGCAUUUCAUCGGAAUGCCCUGGGUGCUCUGCAGGACCAUGACCAAAUUGUGCACCCGCCGCCUGCUAGAGUGACUGAUUUCACUGCUGAGAUAUUUGGGUGUUUCGCAUGUGAAAAGAGGUUCUCCUCCAGAGGAGGUUGUGGCGCCCAUAUGUUUCGUGUUCAUGGAGUGACGCAAGCAGUACGCCACCUCUUUGAGGGUACUCAAUGUGGCAGCUGUCUUCGGGAGUUCCACAGUCAUGGGAAAUUGCAGCUUCACUUGAUGCGAGCGGAAUUUUGCCGCCACAGCUUGCAGCGACGUGGAGUUCGUUUCGCACCUGCUCCUGGCAUUGGCUCCACUACCAAUACACGCCUUGAGCGUGUUCAUGAUCAAUUGCUUCCCCCUCUUCAAGCGCAAGGACCAAAGCUGGAACAUGGGCAUCGUGCACUUGCUGAUGACUAUGAUUUGCAGCUGUUUGAAGACAUCUAUGAGACUCUUUUGGAAUCAACAGGGAUUCAAGAUGCUUACAGGCGAACCCGUAUGUGUGUCCAGGGCCGUCCUCUUUCAUGGGAGGUUGUGCAAAAGACACUCCGUCAUCUGGGUGACGCCGCGACGGAGCAAGAUGUCUCUGUUCUGCCUUUUGACUUGAAGCAAUUUCGAGAGCUUUUUCGACACCUUGCGCUCCACACCAGUUGGGACUUCCUCGUUGAAGAGAGCAAGAAGGAGCAAGGACAUUGGCAUCAUGAAGCGCAUGUCUUGAUUGAAUGCUGUGCGCUUGAAGCACAGGCAAGACGUGAUGGAGCUCUGCCUGCUCCUCCUGUUCCUCGUGGCUUUAGUGCAGAGCGCUAUUUCCUUCACCUUUUCUCGGGCCGCCGGCGGCGAGGGGACUUCCAGUUCUUCUUUGACCAGUUCCAGGCCCCAGAAGGUAUAUGGAUUCAGGUGAUCUCCUUGGACGUCGUUCUGAGCGAGGUUUGGGGCGACUUGCUGCGUCCAGCUACUCGGGCCUUCUGGAAGAGUGCCAUUCGCGCUCGUAUCGUCAUUGGUCUGCUUGGUGGUCCCCCCUGCGAGACCUGGUCAAAAGCCCGGGAGAGGGCUGUGGAUGAUCGACGACGAGCUCCACGAGUUCUUCGCACAGCAGAACAUCCUUGGGGCAAAGAGGCACUGAGUUUGCGCGAAGUGACGCAGGUGAGGGUAGGGAAUGUCCUGAUGGGGUUUCAGCUGGAAGCUGUGAUCGAUCUUUAUUGUACAGGUGGCGUAGCGGUCACGGAACAUCCCGCGCUCCCGGGGUUUCAACUUAUCACCUUGGCGCAGGGUUUGUGGGGUGCCAAAUCACCGAAACCCACAUCCCUUCUUGCGCUGAAUGCUCCCCAUCUUGUGCAGAUUUUGAGACAGUGGCAGAUUGCCCAGAAGGUUCCCAUGUCAGUUUCGAUUGGACGUGACAAUCAAGGCAAUUGGUCCACGUCUGUGCUGAAAGAGUAUCCCCCAGCACUUAAUGCUGCACUUGCACAGGGAUUGCAUGAGGCGAUUUUGUCCUGCACCACGGACAGCACUGUGCAGGUCGCCGAUAGCUUUAAGGCCAAAUGCACGUCCAUGCUAUGCACAGAGUAUGGUGGUGCACUUGGGCCAGAUUUUGCUGGUUGA